AUGCAUUUUAAAGCACAAAUAUUGAAUGAUACAAAUCUAGAAUUAAGUACACAGAUUGAAUCAUCACAUUAUAAUAUGUAUGAUAAUACUUUAUAUAAUAAUUCAUUUACAACACCAACAACAAUUAGAUUACCACCAGCAACAACAACAACAUUAAAUCAACAAUCAUCAUCAACAUCAAGAUAUAUGCCACCAACACCGCCUAGUUCAGAACCAGGUUCACCAUCAUCAUCAUUAUCAACAUCAUCAUCAUCAUCAUCAUCUGCAACUACAAAUAAUCAACAACAACAACAAUCCGUUCAUCACCAAUCAAAUAAAUCAUCAUCAACAUCAACAUCGGUUCACACGAUUAACAAUCAAACAAGUUCACCUGCAUAUCAUCAUAAUCAUCAUACAUCAGAUAAUAAUAACUGUGUGAAACAGGCAAAUAUUGUGGCCCAAUUUUCUCAAGUGUCCUCAAUUUUAUCGCCAACAACAACAACAACAUUAACAACACAAUCAAAUCGUAGUUCAUCAUCAUCCAGUAGCAAUACAACGAAAAAAACGAAAACGAUAGCAAAAACUGUACACCUGAAUCGAAACGGUACGACAACAAUAGCAAACGGUAAUCAACAACAACAACAACAACAACAACGACAAAGUACCGGGCAAUCAACAUCGGUCAAAGCACUUUCUCAUCGAAUUUUUACCGGUACGUCCGGUGUAUUACAAGCUAACAACAGUAAUACUAAUACUACUACAUCAACAAGUGAUAAUAAUAAUAAUGGUAGUAGUAAAAAUGAUAGUUCCAGUACUGUUUCAGGAUCACGUUAUAUUGAAAAUACAGCAGCAACAAUUUUAAUAACACCACAACCAAGAUAUAAUCGACGAAAUAAUCCUGAACUAGAAAAACGUCGUAUACACCGUUGUGAUUAUCCAGGUUGCACAAAAGUUUAUACAAAAAGUUCACACCUGAAAGCUCAUCAACGUAUACAUACGGGUGAAAAACCAUAUAGAUGUCAAUGGCCUGAAUGUCAAUGGCGUUUUGCACGUUCAGAUGAAUUAACACGUCAUUAUCGUAAACAUACGGGUGCUAAACCAUUUCAAUGUAAAGUUUGUGAACGUUCAUUUGCACGUUCGGAUCAUUUAGCAUUACAUAUGAAAAGACAUAUGCCUAAACCACAUAAACAACAACAACAACAACAACAACAACAACAUCAACAACAACAACAACAUUAUCAUCAACAACAACAACAACAACAAACAAAUCAUCAUCAUCAUUAUAUUUUCAAAUCAAGAUUUUUUUCUUGA